UGGUGCUCGGCCAAAACACGUAUCGAUUUGUGUGCAAAGAAAAGUCAUUAAAUAAACAAUAAACCAUUAUGACUAACGUUUAAUGCACCGGAUCUCCUUUCUUGUGCUUAUAUAUGAACCAUCGCUGAUGCCGACUAUUCAAAGAAUACAGAUUGGGUAUCUAAAUUGACACGGAAAUUGGGAGAAAAGUGGAUUUCCAUGACAUGUUUUUUUAGAUGACUGACAAAAGUGACAGAUGAUCAGAUCUGGAGUCUUUAGAACGCGAAUAAUCAUAAUGCCAGGUGUCAACGCUAAGUCAAGUGAGACUGCUGUGAAAAGUUUAUGAUUUUCUGAAGGAUUGAACCAAUUAUUAGAGUGUAUCUUGACGCAAACACACCGGAUCUUCAGCCGCAAUGGCAGGGGUGGAGACUGCGAAUGAGCCUGCCCAACAUGAUAUGGAACGAACUGAUUCCAUGAGCUCAAUCGAUAAAGAGAUAGAUUUACUGAUGAGAGAUGGAGAAACUGAGGACACGGCUACGGACUCACAGGAAGGAGGUCAGGAUGAACGUUAUUCCAGAUCAGAGUCCAGACGAGAAGAGCCAGCGUCACAGUAUCCAUUGAACGAGGAAAGCACAGAGAGACAUGAAACGGUCAUUGGGAACGAAGAAUAUGAACAUGAAACAGCCUCAGAUGAUGAGUUGUCGGACGAGCAGAAGCUCCUUGAGUUGGAGUUACAGAAGCUGAAGGAUGAGGGUUUCCUGCCGAUGGACGAUCCGCCGGAGUACGACAUCGCCAGCCGAGUUCGAGAGUUAAACGAGCAGCUCAGGGCAGAGGGAGAGAUCCCAGAGAGGACAGAUCGUAAGGUAACGUUCAGUGAGAAGGUUAUCGCGGUCGAGUUUCAUGACGAUGAGGAGGAUUUUGAAACGGAACCGGAUGUCGAGAAUGAUAACACCGCAAGUGAAAAUGUAGACAGUGAAGCAGCACCAUCCUCAGAAGUCGUCACAGAUCCAAAUGACAUUGAGGUCGCGAAGCUAACACUGGACGAUGAGGAAAAAGCAUCUGAAAUUGAAACAAAAGACAGUGACAAUCAGAGAAGCUCAAAGAGUAACGGACAAAGCCCAAGAGGGCCUGAUGAGAAGAUACUGAUCGAGAGGGAUGGUAAGUUUGAAUUAAUCAACGUUAAAGACCUCAGCUAUGAUGAGAGACAGUCUAUGGGACUUGAAGUAUUACCAGACGAGACCGAUCAACGUAAAAAAGAUCCGGUUACCCCGAACGGCCACGGUGACGCCCCCAUCCCAGAAGAAACCACACCUCACGAGACGACAAACCAGCUACAGCCAACGCCUCCAUCUAAGCCUCGUCCAUCGACGGCGACAGACAACACAGGGCUGCAUCGGACGCAGCUUCCACCCCGACGGAUCCAGUCAGCGCGCACGCAGAGAGAGUCCACCACGUCAUGGUCAGUGACUUACACCGGGCACAGUAAGUACGGCUUGACACCAGAGCAGAAGGAACACAAGAAAGAGCAGCUGAGAGCGAGAAUGCAGAAGGAGCAGGAGGAGAGGAAAGCCGCUGAGGAAGAGCAACGCAAGAAACAAGAGGAGGCAGAGAGUGCCUUCCAGGCGUGGCUGCAGAACAAACAAGACAGUCAGAAGCAGAGGAGGCAGUCUGAGAAAGACCAGAAGAGGCAUGGCGGAGAGAAGGAUCAGGGCAACACCGAUGACAACUAUCAGGACUGGCUUCAGAUGAAGCAGAGCCAGGCCAAGCGAGAGAGAAAACUCCGGAAACAAGCAGAGCAGGAGAAGGUCAACGGGUUCUAUAUACGCGACCGCAAAGAUUGUGACCAGGCCUUCAAACAAUGGGUGAGGUCGAAAAAUGAUCAACUCCGCAAAGAGCGUUCCCUAAAGAGAUCUAAUGCCAGCAUCAGCAAACAGCUCGCUCAACAAUCGAGGAAAUCCAAGAACCUAGCCAAGGCUCUGGAAACGGCACAGAUUUAUAGAUACACAGACUGGUAUGGCUACAGAUUCUAAACUCUUAAAUAUUUGGCAUGAUUCAAUCAUUGGUGUCUCAAAGGACCAGAUUUAUUCCAAAGGUUUCCGGGGGGUCGAUUUCUCAAAGAGUUAGGACUAGUGCUAACUUAGGACAUAGUCCUAGGAGAUAUUAAAAACAU